GUUGGAAAACAUUUUGUAAUGAACCAACUAGUUGUUCACCUAACUACUUUCUGGUAAUAUCCUGUGGCUUUAUAUAUAAACAAGCUUGUUUUUCUUCAGAAAAUAAAUUCAGUAAAGCCUUCACAUCUCUUUGGAACUGAGAAAGAAUGAGUUCCCAACCAGACUCACGAGAAAAUGAGUCUCAGACGAAUGAAAUUACGCGAUCUCAAAAAAUGAGUCUUCCUACGGAUGGUCCUGGAGGGAAGUUGGACGUUUCUGUCGAGAAGAAACCGUCGAGUGAACCUGAACAAUCUAAAACGAAUUCACAGAGUGAGGGGAUCAAGGAAGUUCGUGUGCAAGAUACUGAUGCAUCAAAUCAGGCUCUAGAAGUUCCUGAAAAUAUGCAAGCUCCAGUAUCUGACGAUAAAGUUAAGGAAGAGCUCCCGGCUAUUAAAGUGGUUAAAGAUGAAAAACCGAAAAGCAAGUAUGAUAGCGAAGUAUUAUUUGAAAGAAACGAGCGUCUUGUGGAUUUUUGCAGGAAAUAUCUCCCUGGGCUAAGUACAGAAGCCCUUGAUCUUGCGUUGAGAUGGAAAGAAAUCUUUAUUCAGUACUUCUCUGACUCACGCUUGGUCCUUCUGACCGGUUUAUUAUCGUUUUUAUUCGGCUACUUUAGGUUUGGUUUUUUGAGUCUAUUCGUCGUCAUGGCUAUUUGCAUUCAGUAUCAUAGAAUAAGCAGCCGCCGUGUACGUAUGAGCUUUCGUGAUGAUUAUACCAGAUACCUUGCUUUCCGGAGAUUGGAGAGUAACCCAGAAAGUGUGACAUGGCUAAACACUUUCUUGCAACAAUUCUGGUACAUUUUUGAGCCUUCUUUGAGUACUGCGGUCAUUGAAAUAGCCGAUCAGGUUUUGUCCGAAAACAUUCCUAAUUUCCUUGACUCAAUGGCUUUAUCGAGUUUUACUCUUGGUACAAAAUCUCCUCGUAUUGAAUAUGUUCGCUCAUAUCCAAAGACCGAAGAAGAUGAAAUUAUGAUGGAUUGGAAGGUUUCGUUUACUCCUGAGGACCUAAGUGAUUUAACUGGUCGCGAAAUUGCUUCCCGAGUCAAUCCGAAGAUUGCUUUGGAUAUUAAGAUAGGAAAGAGUGUCGCUAGUGCAAAAAUGCCUGUUCUUGUGGAAAAUGUCUCUUUUUCUGGUCAUCUUCGUGUUAAGGUUAAACUUAUCGAUGAGUUCCCUCAUGCUAAAAAUGUGGGUAUUACUUUCAUUGAAAAGCCUGCUUUCUCUUAUGUACUCAAACCCAUCGGAGGUGAUAAGCUUGGAUUUGAUAUCAACAAUAUUCCAGGACUCACUUCGUUUAUUAAUGAUCAAGUUCACGAGAAUUUAGGACCUAUGAUGUAUAGUCCUAAUGUAUUUGAAUUGGACAUCCAGUCAUUGGUAGGUUCCUCCGAUCUUAAAGUUGCUAUUGGUGCUGUAGAAAUUCAUUUAAAGCGUUGUGAAUCUUUGAAGGGUGACGUCCUCGGUUCUAUUGACCCAUAUGUUGUUAUAAAGAAUUCAUUCGGAAAGAAAAUUGGUACUUCUAAGACUGUUCAGAAUUCCACUUCUCCUACUUUUAAUGAAACGUUUUAUGCUAUUAUCAACUCAUAUGCUGAGAACUUAAUUCUUGAGGUUUACGAUUUUAAUGAUCUUCGCAAAGAUAAACUGAUUGGUUCCGCUACUAUUCCUCUUUCAGCUUUAGAAGCCAUGCCUGCUUCGAACGAUGUCAAAACACCCGUUAUUUUGAAUAACAAACACCGAGGAACUUUGAUUUACGAUACUAAGUUCUAUCCCACGGUUGAUGUUGACGAAGAAGCUUCUGAAAAAAUUGAGGGACCUGGUAUCGUACAAUUCACUGCCCAUCAAUGUAAGGAUUUGAGUAAGGACCCUUCUAAACGUCACACUGCAUAUGCCAAUUUAAUCAUUAAUGACAAAAUUAUGCACACUACUCGCAAAAUCAAGAAGAAUAAUAAUCCUUCCUGGGAUGAGUUUUGUGGUACUGUUGUUCCCAAUGGUGAAAAAGCAAUGGUUGGCGUUCAGGUUUUUACAGAUGACCACAGUCGUCCGUUUGGUACUAUCAAUAUGAAUCUUCAAGAAUUGGUUUCUGCUGCUAAAAAGGGUUUAAGCUGGUUUCAGUUCCCAACCGCUAAUGGUGGAAGAGUUCGAUUAUCAGCAACAUGGAAGCCUAUUGAAAUGUCUGUUGGUGACCCUGGUUCUCUAGUUGUUGCUCUUCCUAUAGGUGUUAUGCGCAUUCACGUCCGUUCAUGUAAUAGCUUGCAUUCGAAGCUUCCCGGUAAAAAAUGCGAUGCUUACGUCCGUGCUCUCUCCUACAGCAUGGAACAAGGUCGAACAGUGGUAAUUAAGGAUAGCUUAAAUCCAUACUGGGAUGAAUAUGUUUAUGUUCCUGUCAUGACAAAACAUGACACUUGCCAGCUUCAAGUUAUGCAAUAUGAAUCUAAUGGCGCUGAUACCGUUAUUAGCAGUCUCUCUAUUCCUGUGUCUAAAUUCAUUCAGCAAGGCGAAAACGGAUCAUUCCUUGAAUAUCAUGAGCCCCAAGAGCUUACCACUAAUUUGACUUCAUUACGUGGCUUACAAGGCAAAUCCAGUAUUACUUAUAGAUAUGACUUUUAUCCUUUGGCUUCUACCUCUGAACAAAAAGCUCCUCAAAAUUCUCCAUCGGAUAAAACACCAUCUGUGGUCGCUACUAGCAAAGAGACUUUGGAAGCUAAACCUGAGACCGAAAAGAAUCCUGUUGCAAAGAAGCAACCCGCUAAACAGAUUUCCGAGCUUUUAUCUCCUCCUGAAGAUGUGGGUGACUGUCUAAAGUAUAACUCUGGGUUUUUGGCUUUUGAUAUAAUUUCAUGCCAACUUUCUGGUAAUUAUAAAUUGGCAAUCUUCCUUGACGAUCUCCCUCAUCAUAUUUAUAUGUCCCCAGACUUAAAAGCUCACAAUGGCAGUAUCAUUCAUGAGCUUGGUCGCACAUUUAUCAGGCAACUUCAAUUUUCUGAAUGCUCUUUCAAACUUUUAGACGGAGAAAAGAUUAUUGGCUCUCAAACCUGUUCUACUAAAAAAUUAGUAACAGAGGGUUCUUCAAAACCUUUCAAGUUAGCUUUCGAUAGAAACGCUUCCUUUUCGAUUGCUUUCAGAUUUACACCAGUAGUGGUGGAACUGGAUGAAACCGAGAAGUAUGAAAACAUGGGAAAAAUGAUUGUCGAUAUCCUUAAUGCUACUGAUCUUGCUAGCGCUGAUUCCAAUGGUAAAUCUGAUCCUUUCGUUUUGUUUGAGCUCCAAGGCGAGGAAGUAUUCCGUACGAAGACUAUCAAGAAAAACCUUAAUCCUGUUUUCAAUGAAGGAUUUGAGGUUGAGCUUCCUUGCAAACAAACAAGCCAUUUUGUCGCCAGAGUUUUUGACCGAGAUUUUGGAAACAAGGAUGAUCCUUUAGGAAACUGCCUUGUCGAUUUAAGUAAACUUGAGCAGCGCCAGUAUACAAGUUUUGAGUUACCUCUCGAUAGUAAUCAAGGAAUCUUAAACUUGAGAAUUUAUUUUGAUCCUCGAUGGGUAUUGCGUUCCAAACGUGCAGGCAGCUCUUCUUUUGCCGAGGAUAUAUUGGGACAGACUGCCCAACUAAUGGCUAAGCCAUUAGAGGGUAUAUCUUCUCUUAGUGAAGCUGCCUUUGGUGGAAUAAAUGCUGCUGUUGACGGAGUUACAUCUGUUGCUCAAAUAACCAACAAAAUGCGCAAAGGGUUCACGCGUGGUUUAAAGAAAGACAAAUGAUGUCUACACGUUACCUUGCAGCAUAUUUGAGAUGUUUUAAGAAAUGCUUUAAUCAUAUAACGUUUUUAGUUUAAUAUAUAUAAUUUUUUUUGACUUGCUGUAACAGAAAGCUACAAUAUAUAUAUUUACUGUAACUCCAUAAUAUCAUAACCAG